AUUUAAAAAUAACUAAAGACUUUCAAACCAUAACCGUGAAUGUAAUCGACAACUGGUGGAAAAGUAUCGAUUAAGACACGCUGUCCGAGACACCGAUAGUAUCGAGCAAACAUCGAUUUUGGUUCCAGCUCUACACUGUGGCCACACACGCGUUUUUUCCCAAAUCAAAUCGUGCUUUUUUUUGUGAAACUCCGUUUGUUGCAAAUCGGCGUUGCAUUAUGCUCGCGCAACAAUCUAAAAACUGAACACAACCAGUGGCAAACGCUAAAUUAUAAUCAAAAGCGUGCUUUUAACCGCAGUAAAAUGCCAAAAUUGGUACCGAUUCGCAGCGCGCGUGUGUGUGUGAGCAGAGCGUGAAGAAGAGGAACGGAGAAUUGCGAAAGCAGUGUGUGCAAGCGGAAGAAGCACAAAGACAAAAGGAAGGUGAUAAAAUUAAAAAUAUAUAUCAAAUCUGACAGGCGGCGGUGUCCGGCAGAUGCGAAAAUUGGGAAAAUAUUGAAGAAAGCGAGCGGCAUGCGGGAAAGCGGUAAGGGCAAAUACAAAAGCAAGAACCUCGGAACGCUUCGCCCGAAUUCGGUAUUCAAUCCUUUUUUCCCGCCUCUAAUUUUGCAGGGCUAGUGCCCAGAAUUUGUUCUUCAGUGGUGGUCAAGAAGCCAAAUCCUGAGCAAACGCUGUCAGUUUGUGGCGCCAAACAGAAUAUUAUUUAAAAAUAUCGCCGCGUGUGUAAAAUCUCGGCGGUACGAAAAAAGAGAAAUAAAAAAAGAAAACCACGACGGCGUGCGUAAGCGCACUCAUACGUUUACACACGCACAGACAGACAGAGCAGGAAGGAUAGAGAGCGGAGCGGUAGUGUGAGAACGAGAGAGCGAACAUUAUACACGCACACACACAAACUCGCUGGCAGGAAUUGCAACCGUGUGUGCUUUCUUUUUUUUAGUUUUUUUUUUUUUACUUACGUUUUGUUGUUGUGUGUGCGGCGGCGCUUCUUUUUCGCUUAUUGCAUCUCCCUUUUGUGCCGUUGCUUCGCCGGCUAAAAAGGAGAGUCGAAACUAAAGUGGCAUAAUGGAGGAUGGACGGGAGCAAAGGGAAUCCUCGCAAGCCGAAUUGGCCAAACUGCAUCCUCUGACGCCGCUCAAGGAGCUGCCCGAGGAAGGUGAAGAGGAGGAGGAUGAAUCCUCGGCGGGAGCCCUGCAGUCUGGCAACAACAACUCCAUCAUGGGCAAAAUGAAGAUGCGCGUGUCCAGCAUUCUGCCCGCCUCCUUUAGCGGUUGGUUUUCGCCGUCGUCCAAGGGUGGCCCCGAGGCCUUAUCCUCCCCAGCUAAUGUCCGCCAGUCACAGCCACGACAAUCCAAUGGACGCUCCACUACCAAGCGGAAACGUGGACGCCGUCGGAUAAUGCUCGCAGAAGCGGAUGCCGAUGCAGCCGACGAUCUUGACGAUGGCUCUGAUGCCAAAGGCCUUAACUACGAGGAGGUGGCCCUGGCCGACAACAUAGCCGAGCACGACCUGGCCGCCGAGGAUGAGCAGACGCGGCGCAGCGAAUACAAUGUGUUCCUGCUGCGCAAGCGAGCCGGGGCUGUUGCGGCUGCCGGCGGUGAUGAGGACGAGGCCGAGGAGGAUGAACUGGAGGAGGACGACGACGAAGGCGAUGAGGAGGAUGACGAUGAAGAGCAAGAGAAUCUCCUACAGUCCGCCGCCGUACAGCCCAAGCGUCGACGCCUGGAGCUUGAGACCACCGUCAAUUUGCCCAACAUGCGUCGUCUGCCCUUAUUGUCAUCCACGCCUGCUGCUCCGCUCGCGGCUGCCACCACCUCCUCCACCUCCCAGAUGUACAAGAGUGGCAGCCAGUUGGCUCCACACCGGCGCAACCACCUCAAUUUGUAUAGCAGUCAACGGCAGCGCGAGCCCGCGUACAACUUUUUCACGGGCAACGAAGCCGCCGAGGGAAGCACCGGGGAUCUGCCACACAGCAUCCGCCGUUCGCUGAACAUACCUUUCAGAGGCAGCAGCAACGCCACCAGCCACAACAGCCUCUCCAGCCUUCCUAACCACAAGCGACCAUCGCUUAUAGGCCAGCGAACCCAUCGUCGGGAUCUUACAAUGGAUGAGACGGGAAUUGGACUGGCCAUAAGUUCGGAAGAUCACAUUAAUCAUUUGCUGAGAAUAAGCAGGACCAACAACAACACUAGCAACAAUAACAAUAAUAACAACAAUGUCAUUAAGUCAAAAUCAAGACGAACUGAACUGUCGGUGGCCGCCGGAGCUGGUGGAGAUUCGCAGUCCGAGAGCGAUAUGAACGAAUAUCAUAACAAUGGCGAAGGCCACGAUGGACUGCGGCCGUCGCAUCAUAACAGCAACAGCAAUUUAGAAUUUUACGGAAAUCUGCAGAGCUCCAAGUCAAUAUUCAACAGGAGCAGCUCCGCCGCACAGCCAUCGCACCGAAAUUCCACGUGGUCGCUGAAUUCCCUUAACCAACGACGUCGCUUUAAUGCAUCCAUAUACGGCAGUACGUCGGCGCUAAGCGACAGUCGUCUGCUGAGCCGCAGUGCCUCAAACUCAGGCUCUGCAUCUGCCUCCAGCUCGCCCUUUUACCAGGGACGCACCACCUUUGGCGGCAAUUCCGCCAACAAUCGCAUCUUCAGUCGCAGCAAUCUGAGCUCCUCCGCUGCAUCCUCAACGUUGGCUCUCAAUUCUGCCGGCAGUUCACCAGCGCAUCCGCUGCAGGGUUCCUUGACUGGUGGUAUAGGAUACAAUAUGAAACCGGUAGACAUGCGACCUUCCGACUCCGCCAGCCAUUCGGAGACAUCUGUGGGCCAAGGUGGCAGUAAGAAUCCCGGUUCCGGGCUGUCGAACACCACACUGCGCAUCCUCAACCUGCUGGACAGCUACUCCACGCCAUUGAUCGAUGCCAAGCGCAUGGGCAGCACCCUCAAGGAGCACCAAAGCAGUCGUCAACUGCGGCAGGGUACGUCCGCCACCCCGUAUUCGUGUACCAUGAUGUCCAGCCGCAAUGUUCCGGCGCCCACUCUUGCGAACGAAUUAGCUGAACUGCGCUCAAACAAAUUGCUGGUGCCGACGAUGCAACAGCUUCUGGAACGCCGUCGUCUGCACCGCGUUACCCAGAACUCGCGAGAUGUGGUUCACAGCCAGAACAUUCGUGUUCGUGCGGAAAACAACCAGGAGAAGCCCAAGCAACCUGUACCAUAUGUUGCUCCGAUAGAUCAGCCGGCUAGCCAUAGUCACCACACAAACAAGAUGCGUUCGCGUCUUUCGCACCAGACGCGCAACAAGGAGCCGCGGACGGAGCAAGAGGAAGCACCCCCGCCGCUGGACCUGCCACAGAUCAGCUUUCCAGACAUGGCAAGCGCGCCAAAGUUUGACUUGGUCAUUAAACCCACGGUGCCAGUGGUAUCAAAGCCAUCUUCCACCGUCCCAAUCCCAAGUAGCAAAAGUAGCAGCAGCAACCUCUCUACUACAAACUCCAAGCAGCUGCAAAACUUCCUGGCUAAUCCGCAGCCUGCGGCACCAAUUGUGAACUUCUCUGCCAAUGGAAACGUUUCCGCCAUUAGUAAACCAACUGGACGCACAUUCACCUUCUCGGCACCCACACCCUUGACGCACUUGCAGGAGAACUGCAUCGCCAAACCGAAGAUCAGUCGCAAAUAUACCUUCCCGGCACCGGCUUCGUUGGACGAUGUGAUUACAACGAAACAGUCGCAGCCAACUAUAAACGGAACACCGUCUCUGGGAUUCGGUGAGCAGUUUAAAAAGUCAUCCAAGGAGUGGGAGUGUGAUGCGUGUAUGGUGCGUAACAAGCCCGAGGCCAACAAGUGUGUGGCCUGUGAGACGGCCAAGCCGGGAGCAUCUGCUGCUUCUGCCCAAGCACCACCACCAACGGCAGCUAUUGUGGCACAAAGUUUCGGUGGUUUUGGGGAUCGCUUCAAGAAAUCAACCACUGCCUGGGAAUGCGAUGCCUGCAUGCUGUCUAAUAAGGCCGAAGCCAGCAAAUGCAUUGCCUGCGAGACUCCCCGAAAAUCUGCGGCUCCAACAGUUAACAACUUCCCGUCGAUCAAUAACAAUUUGUCAGCUGUAUCCGGUUUUGGUAUGGCCUUCAAGCCAAGGGCCAAUACGUGGGAGUGCCAGACGUGCCUGGUGAUGAACAAGUCGGGUGUUGCAGAAUGCGUUGCCUGUCAAACGCCAAACUCACAGGCGAGAAGCAACAAUAGCGAGUCCGCCCGGAGUCCAUCCUCGUGCUUCUCCUCGACAUCGUCCUCCGUAUCUUCAUCCGGAUCCUCAUCCGGAUCCUCCUCAGGAUCAUCAUCUGGAUCAGUUGCUUCGGGAUCUAUCGUCAGCAUUAGCUCCACGAGCGAAAGCUCUAUAUAUGGCUUUAAGCCAGGACAAGCAAGUAAGGUGCCCAAGCAGGAUGCGGCAUUUCAGCAGCUGGUGGCUGCCCAAAAAACAGCAAGUUGGGACUGCGAUGCAUGCAUGGCACAGAAUGAUAUGUCGCGAACCUCAUGCAUCUGCUGUGAGCAGCUGAAGCCGGGAGCAUCCAGCCUUGCCGCCACAUCAACAACCAUUUCGUCUGGCUCCGGCAGCAGCGGAACGGCCAACUCUGCAGCCAUUUCGGUACCCAAGUUUAGUUUUGGAUUUGCUACUGUAAAGGAGGUCGUCAAGCCAGCUGUGGAAACGACUACACCUGCACCAGCUUCCACUCAAUUUAGCUUUGGUUUCGGCCAAAGCAAUCAGGGUAAGGAUGUGGCGGACAGUAAGAAGACGGAGGCCCCGAAGACCUUUCCGUUUGGAGUGAGCAAAGUGGAACAGCCCAGGACGGUGAGCUUUAAGACAGACAUUAAGGAAACAACGGCCACAUCCAGCUCAGAGGCAACAGCUCCAGCUGCAGCACCAGCCCUCUCGUUUGUAUUCAAGUCUCCAACUACCGCAACUACGGCCAGCUCAAUCACUACCACAACUAGCACCGCCAGCACCACUCCCGCUUUGGGUGGCUUCAGCUUUGGCGCUCCAUCAUCAUCCUCCACUGUUUCCAGUUCGACGGCCAGCACCAGUGCGAAUCCCACGGCCGUUAAGCCCAUGUUUAGCUUUUCCGGAGCUGGCAGUGCCGUAAGCAGCACCAGUAGCCAACAGCCAGCGGCUAAGGCGCCAACCUUGAGUGUUGGUGUUUCUUCCAGCACCGUAACAACGACAACAACCUCUACGACAGCCUUAGCUUUCACCCCGGCAUCUACUCCAGCUCCAGCAGCAGCCACCACGGCACCAGCUCCAGGUGGCGGCUUUAGCUUUGGAAGUCAGUCAAAACCAGCGAGCACACCAGACACUGGAACCUUCUUCUUUGGCCAGACAACAGCGGCCGCACCAGCAACGCCAGCGAACUCUAGCGUGAGCUCCAUCUUCGGAGCAGCAGUUAGCACCACGACAAACUCCAGCUCCAGUGUGAGUGCCACCACCAGCACCACCAACGCCAUUGCUCCCAGCUUUGCGUCCACCUCGACCCCUCAGGUCUUUGGCAAUUGGGGUGAAAGUAAAACGGAGACGACCACCAGCAGCGCAGCCAAGCCAUUCACCUUUGGUGCUUCCUCCGGUUCGGAAACGACGGCAACAUCCAGCUUCGGCUGGUCAAGCAAUGGCGCUGCGGCUAAGAGCAACAGCAUUGCGGUCACCAGUGCGGCGGUGCCUUCCACUUCAGCCUCGACGAUGGCGAAUCCGAUAUUCGGCAGCAGUUCCAUGUUUGGACUUUCCAGCAGUAACACCACCAGCACCACUAGUCUACCAUUCGGAUCCACGGCUACCACUACCACUGCAGCCACGCCGGCGGCAGGCAGUUUAGGCGGCAAUGGAGCCCUUUCUGCGGUAUUCGGUAAUGUGGGCAACUCCCUAGUGCCAGCAGGAACUCCUGCAGCUACAACACCCGCGGCAACAGCCGCUGCUCCGUUGGCCAGCAUCUUCGGUAAUCCCACGCCAAUUGCUGCGGCUGCGCCCGUCUUCGGUAGCGGAAGCACCAUCACAAGCGGAGGAUUCGGAGCGGCAGCAGCUGCCACAGCGGUACCAGGAGCAUUUAACUUUGGCGGAGCAACUGCAGCCACGCCAGCUGCCUCAAGUGCUCCAUAUAAAUUCGGAAGCAGCAUCAAUGAGCCACUAGCCAAACCAGCGUUCAACUUCACGGGCUCAGCGGCGAGCUCAACUGCUCCUGCGCCAACCUUCAACUUCUCGGCCAAUACGGCGGCCACUAAUCUCUCCAGUGGCGAUCAGUCGCAGCCGCGCAUCUUCCAAUUCGGUGGUCCGCAGCCGGCGGCCAGUAACCCAGCCAGUGGUGUGGGCGGGGCCAGCAACUCCUCCGCCGGCGGCAUGCCCAUGUUCAACUUUGCGGCCGGGGCGCCGCAGAUGCAGCUUCAAUCCGCCAGCCGCCGGCAAUUCGGCGCAGAAUUCUCAGAUGGCUCGCCGCAAAAUCCGCGCUCCCGUACGCCGUCUGCCGCCCCGGUAGAAAUGGCAUCGCAGUCGGCCAUCAAGAUAGCAAAUGCAUGUACUGAGGCCGCCGUCGGAUUAGGAUUAGGAUUGUGGGUGCCAGUGGGGAGAACAGCAAGGGCAGUAGAAGCAUCAGGGGUCGAUGGGGAAAAGCAGAACACAAGAGAGACCGGGGGCAAGAGCAGGAUCAAAGGCGCGGUCCACAGCCAAAAUCGCCAGGAGCUAGAUAUUCAAGGAUUAUCGAAGAUGUUCAAGGAUAACCGCAAGCCGCCGAGUUUGAACAAAUACCGCUACGUACGCAGCGAUAGCCGGCACGCUAAAACCGAGGCUUUCUCCUCCAUCCAAAUCAAAGGACGGAAUAUAGGGGAGCAAAAUCCAGCAAGAGAAGAAGAAGGAGAAGGGUAUCAUGUUUCACAAUUCACAUUCAAGCCAAUUCCGCAGUGGACGACACGAAAUGAAACCAAUGGCGGCGAUGUCCUUACAUGCACACCAACAACUGGCGACCAGGAGGACAACCAGACAGGAGUACAAGCAUUAGAAUCCAGAUCACAGGAACGCAUUGUAGUAAGGAGUCAAUACAAGAUAGUGCGCCGCAGAAGCAACAGCUGGACACCAAAUCACAAGCCUCCGUCUGACUCUCAAAAUCCCGACUAAGUUCUUUCCACAUCCUUCUCUGCUCUCCGAUGAUAGGGAGUGCGCCACGAGUACGUCGCUCAUACGCAUAAUGAUUGAUUAUGAUGAUUGCAAAUUAUAACAAAUUUCGUUGAACUUACACGCGCGCAUUGGUCGCACCAACAAAAAACUAAAUUGAUACUGUUCUAAGUUUUAUUUUUAAAGUAAUUUUUGUUGAAUAUAAUACUUAAAUGAUAAUUAUGUAAUAAUUAUUUUGCGAAAUUGUAAAGAAACGCGUCAUGCUGCAACGGAGAUACGAGGGAAAGUAAUAGCGCAAAAAUUCAACCACUAUAUAAUGUAGUAUACGUAUAUUCAAGUAAAAUCUGUUUAGACAAUUUUCGAACGCUGAGUGAUUGGCCGAUGAGCCGAGCAGAUAAUGCUUGCAGUCAGAUAAGAGGCGGCGAACGAUUGCAUUAAGUCUUUAGUUUUGUUAUUGAUUUUAGCGUUUAGAUACACACACUCACACACACAAUUCAUACGAGGAGAUACCUGCAACCACGUUGUGUGCAGCAGCAGCCAAGGUGGAAAGCCAACAAAUUAAAGCAAAAAAGCAAAACAACUAUCUAGCAACGUAAACAAACAAAACCUAUAGCUAACAGAUAGCAGAUAAGAUGAAAGGUUUAGAGAGAAUGGUGGCAACCAAUGGAAAGCCGAAAAAGUUACGAUUAUUUGCAUGUUUUUUAUAUACAUAUAUUCAUAAAAAACAUUGAAUAUUUUAUUAUAAUAUUAAAUUGAUCAUGUUUAAGUCGAAAACAGAAAUGGAAAUCAGAAGUCUUAAUGUUGAGAGAGAAACGGUAUCAUAAUGUUGUAAAUAAGUAAAUAUAUGCGGUAUGAUAAUUUAAA